AUGUGUUUGGAAAGCUUUGAUAAAGAUAUCGAUAAUGUUGCUUAUAAAACAUAUGAUACAAUGCUUUCUACUUUUAACAAAUGGAAAGGUAGAUUAAAACCUGAGAUAUUAGCUGGAGCAGGAUUUUACUCAAUUUUGUUUAGUGAUGUUUGCAAAUGCUACUAUUGUGGAGUUGAAAUUUAUGAUUGGUUGUAUGAUGAUUGUCCUGUCGAAGAGCAUUAUAAAUUUGCACCAACAUCUUCCUUUCGAACUUCAUAUAUUUUACCAGGAUAUAACUACUCUGGACCUGGUACAAAAUCGGAGAAGAGAAUAGCCAGAGGCGAUGUUGGUAUAAACUCAUUGGAUGCUGCUUGUAAAGAACAUGAUAUAGCAUACUCUCAGUCUGAAGAUUUAUCUAAAAGACACGCAUCUGAUAAAUUGUUAGAAGAUCAGGAUUGA